GCCUUUAUCGACAUUGGAGUUAUGGAUACCGAGCAAUAUGAACGAUCCGAUUACUUCUUCGUCGAACUUGCCCCACCUAUUUGGGCAAAGAAGAUGAGCGGUGGGCUUUUCUUUCCCCUUGCAAAACCUUCUCUUUAG